AUGUCAGAAUCUCAUUCCCCGUCUCGUCGAACAGCACAGCUUGAAUCUGCGCGCCUCUCUUAUCCUCCCCCGGGAUCAUCUCAGAGACAGGAUAGCCUGACUCAACCGCCGACUCUACCAUCGUUGUACGAUCCGCGGUCUACGUCGGGAGCGCAUGCUCUUCCCCUACAGCGGCCACUUUAUCCCGGAGAACCCCAGCACAGGGGUCAAGGACUCCAUUACCAACCCGGACGUGCUCACGAGCACCAAUCUUACCCUCAUGCCAUGCCGCAUAACUACGGUUAUGGCUAUCAGAACGCCGGCCUGCCCCCUUAUGCUGGAGUCCAGCAUGGAGGCCCGAUGGUGCAGCAAGGCGCAAUGAUUGCACCACCACCGUCAAGACCGACGAAGCCAGCCAGACGCACGAAAGCGCACGUUGCGUCAGCUUGUGUUAAUUGCAAGAAGGCACAUCUCAGCUGCGACGUCCAACGCCCAUGUGGCCGUUGCGUCGCUUCUGGAAAGCAGCUCAUAGGAGCGCCACCUACCUCCGAACCUCACGCUCAUCAAGCGCCUUAUCCAGUAUCUCAGCAAUAUCGAUCCUUCGAACCUCAACGAAGUCUGGAGAGUACUGCGCACCAGAAGGAGCUCCAUUCAGCUGCGUCUGCGCCCCGGGACGCCCCCAACAGCGUGGGUGACUACAGCGGAGUGCAGGCACCUCCCUACGGUGUGGGACCGAAUUUGGCGUACCAAAAGCUGCCUGUCGUUUACCUAAAUUUGGACUUGGUGAUACAAAAAGCAAACCAGGCUUUCGCGGACCUCGUAUCGUUCCUCGGAGACAUCAGGGGCAAGCAUCUUGGCGAGCUUCUGGAAGCGCGGCAGAACGAGAGCAUGCAGAAGCUGCGAAACGACUUGCGCGAUGAGCGUGAUGAACGUGAGCCGACGUACAUGGCGCCCAUCACCCCGGUCGGACAAGAUCCCAUGCGCGCGGUGAUGGACUCGAUCGUAGAUCAGGACAUUGACCAUGUUACCCAGGGGUACACGAACCGGCCCAUGUACCUCAGCUUUCGUCUGCCGACGAGUGGACAGUACCAGUCGCUGUCGGUCCAGAUCCGGCUUGCCAGGACGUCUCUGUACUUCGUAACGCUCGUCGUGUGCUCACCACCGCGCCACGCAGGACCGACUCUUCUAACGCAGCAGUUAGCGCCAUCAGCAUCGCGACAUACCUCUCAGACCAUGUCUGCACCGACAGCAGUCUCGCAAUUCACGCCGCAUCAAGAGCGUCGAGCUUCAACGACAAGCUCUGGACCAAACUCGCCCUUCAUCAACAUCUCUUCCAUCCGCACGUCCCUCCCCACAUUCAGUCCAAGCUCUUACAAGAGCAGCCCCUCGUACGGCUACUCUCCCACCGCAGGUCCAGAAUCAGGCUACUUCUCGACAUACCAAGUCCCGCCACAACCCACCAGCAGCGCAUACCCCUCGCCCUACGCACAACCAGCGCGCCCCCCAGCAGCAACAUCCGAACCUCUCCGCGAGCUCAACCGGCCUCCUCGUCUCGAAGGCCUCCAUCUGCCGCCCAUUCGGACAGGUCCCGCGCCGCUUGGUUCCCCACUCCACGUCGAAACAAGCGCUGCGGAACGCGAACGCGAGCGUGUGCGACCGCACGACUCACCGUCCAGUAGCGCCGAGCAGCGAAGGCCCGAGUCGCCUGACAUGGGCAAGCGGCGGCGGUUGAAUAUACAUGAGGUGCUCGACUAG